AGUGGGAAGAAUGCUCCUUACAUUGGUGUCAGUGGGAAGAAUGCUCCAUACAUUGGCGAUCAGUGGGAAGAAUGCUCCUUACAUUGGCGAUCAGUGGGAAGAAUGCUCCUUAUAUUGGUGAUCAGUGGGAAGAAUGCACCUUACAUUGGUGAUCAGUGGGAAGAAUGCUCCUUACAUUGGUGAUCAGUGGGAAGAAUGCCCCCUACAUUGGUGAUCAGUGGGAAGAAUGCCCCCUACAUUGGUGAUCAGUGGGAAGAAUGCCCCCCACAUUGGUGAUCAGUGGGAAGAAUGCCCCUUACAAUGGUAGUCAGUGAGAAGAAUGCUCCUUACAUUGGCGAUCAGUGGGAAGAAUGCCCCUUAUGUUGGUACCCAGUGGGAAUAAUGCUCCAUACAAUGGUGAUCAGUGGGCAGAAUGCUCCUUACAUUGG